AUGGAUCGGAGGGCUCUAGCGAUGCUGCUCCUGAUGAUCCGGGUGAUCCGGUUGAUCGUGGUGAUGGUGGUUAUCUUGGUGAUCCUUCUCCUCGAUGAUUCCUCUGCACCCGCUUAUCCGUAUUGCUGUCUCUCCUUGCGAUCGCUGCGAUUCUCUGAUCUCGGAUUUCACUUUGUUGACGUCAACAUGAAGAUUUUUGUUGCAGCCACCAUUUGCUUUUAUAAGAAAUGUGACCUAUCCCACCAUUUGCUGAUCCAUUCACGAUCCUUGCCAUCCUUGCAGUUCUUCAUCGCCGCCUUCCUGAUCGCCGCCUGCGUGGCCCUCGUCCAGAGCAGUGUCAUCUACUCGCCGGUGUCCUCGCUCUCCUCGGUGCCGGUGGUGCGCUCUGUUCCGGUGGUGCGCUCUGUCCCAGUGGUGCGCUCUGUGCCCGUGGUGCGCUCUGUCCCAGUGGUACGCAAUGUCCCAGUGGUGCGCAACGUGCCAGUGGUGCGCAAUGUCCCAGUGGUGCACAAUGUCCCAGUGGUGCGCAAUGUGCCGGUGGUGCAGUCCGUUCCAGUGGUGCCAUCCGUGGGACACGCCUCCGUCUACGAUGCUCCACUGGUGCAGCCCUAUGGAGGAUGGUUGAAGCAGAAGUAGAUUGGACGCCUCGAGCAACGAUCCUUUUCAUAUAUGUACCUUCGAUGCGAAACAAUAUCUCUGAAUAGAACGAACAAAUAUAUACUAUCACAA